GCGCACGCGUUUCCUUUGAGCAUUGCAUUCUGGGUAAACUCUCAAAAAAACUUGAAAAGCGCAUGCGUAGAGUAGCUCCUUCCUUUUACCUCGUUGCCUUUCCGAGAGCAAAAUGGGUCACCAGCAGCUGUACUGGAGCCACCCGCGAAAAUUCGGCCAGGGUUCUCGCUCUUGUCGAGUCUGUUCAAACCGGCACGGUUUGAUCCGGAAAUAUGGUCUCAAUAUGUGCCGCCAGUGUUUCCGUCAGUACGCGAAGGAUAUAGGUUUCAUUAAGUUGGACUAAAUGAUCUUCAAAGGAUUAUCCAAGACAUCUGCCAUGAAAAACCACGAUAGUUCUUUGUACUUAAAAUAAACAUUUUAAAAAACC